CCUCAUUCUUAUUGAAUUGCUGAUCCUUGUUCCUUGAAAGGUUCAAAAAAUCUAAAAUACUUAUAAUUUCCUUAUUUUUUUGAAGUUUUGGAACAAUAAAAUUCAUUACUCAAGAAUUGACCUCGUCUGAAAUUUAGAAUAAUGUAAUUAUGGAUGAUAAUUAUAAUUAUACCAGGAUAACUAUAAUGCAAAACAGUCUCAAAUCCAAUGGUAUUCCACACUGUUCCAAAGAUGCCCUUACGGAUGUGUUUGGAUGGUUUUUACAAGUCCUUUUAGCAUCUUUAGCCUUCACAUGCCUGAUUGCUAAGAGAUUUUGUGAACCAUAUGCAGAAAGGAGAUCAUGGCUUAUAUGGUUUUAUGACACUUCGAAGCAAGGAAUGGGUGCAAUAGCUAUUCAUUUAGCAAAUGUUUGGAUUGCAGGACAAUAUAAAGGGGACCCAUGUACUUGGUACUUGAUCAACUUCUUAUUGGAUUCCUCUUUAGGACUCUUAAUUAUUUUCAUUGGUAUUAGACUGAGCCAGUACUUAGCAAAAAAUCCAGGAUGGGAAGCUAUUCAUUUUGGUGAAUAUGGAAAACCCCCCUCUUCAAAUGCAUGGAUGACUCAGUGUUGUCUGUAUGUUUGCCUCAUGAUAAUUGUGAAAAUUUCCAUCACAUUAUUCAUGCAGCUAGACUUCUGGGAUAAUGUUACAGACUUCAUCUUGUUCCCCAUACCUGAUACUAGAGUCAAAGUUGCCUUUGUGAUGCUCAUUGUUCCGUUUUUUGUAAAUAUGCUGAUGUUUUGGGUAACAGACAAUUUCUUAAUGUUGAAAGCACCAUCCAAAAGGAGGAGAAUUAGUUCUGAAGAGAGCCUGUUAAAAAGGGUGCAUAUCAAGUAUAGGUCCAUUAAAAAGAAACAAAAAAUCCACAAAGAUGAUAUGGAAAAUGUUAGUUCUGAUGAUGAUGAACUGUUGGGUACAGAAAGUGUGCCAGUCACAAGGGCAAUAUUAUCUUGAUCACUGCUGAAGUUUCCAGAUUUUUCUUCCAACAAACAUUAUCAUUCCAGACAUUUUGGACCAGAAUCAAUGCUAAUGAAUUCACCUAAUUAUUUUUAUUUCUACUUUUUGAUUAAGGGCCCAAGAAAAAAAAAUGUUGAUAAUAAGAACAGAAAAAUUGAACUAUUUAUAUCCAUAUCUAUCUAUUGUUCUUUUU